CUGGCUUGAUGUAAAGAAAAACAAAACAAAGAUUGAUAUUACUGUCAUGAUCGAUCUGUUCGUUUGUUAUUUUUUUGAAUAACAGUAUUGUUUUUAAUCCUCGCUAGUUUAAAUUCAAAAUGUUGUGCUUAUUACUAGUCAAUAUAAAUGGGGAAUUCGCUAAAAUGAUUCCAGCUUGUAAAUCCUUCGGCGUUUUGCAGAUUUCCAAAGACAACAACACAAGCGCUGCAAUCUUGUGAAUUUCACUAGUACAAACCUUCUGCAAUUUACAAUGAGGAAAUUAAAAGCCUCUUGUUAUAUUUUAUUCUCAAUGUUUUUCAUAUUUCAUUAUUGCCAAACAUCACAGCAGACUGCUGGUAAUGCUUUAACAACUGAAACAAAAGAGACGAAAGAAGAUGAUAAAUCAAAUGAAUGGAAAAUCCCUUCCCAAACAGAGAAAAACAAUGAUGUCAUUGAACUCAGAAGCUCUCCUUUUCCAGAUGAUACUCAAGCCUUGCCAACAAUCCGACCUCAAAUACCCAUUGCCAAACCAAAUUUUCCAAGAGUGGCUGUACCAUUUGUCAUUGCUAUGUGGGUGUUUGGCACAUGCAUCAUGAAAUUAAUACUCAGUGGUUGGCCAAAACUUCUCACUGUAGUUCCUGAAUCCUGCUGUUUGAUCCUUACCGGUAUUUUUGUGGGGAUCAUCUUCUACAUAACAAACACUACUGUUUUGUCACCACUGUCGUCAACCAUCUUCUUCUUCUGUAUGUUGCCUCCUAUCAUAUUUGAUGCCGGCUUCUUUAUGCCGAACAGGCCAUUUUUCGACCACCUUGGCACUAUUCUCCUCUUUGCCGUCAUGGGAACUAUUUUUAACACCGUUUGCAUCGGUAUUAGUCUUUGGGCAUGCGGUUUGUCUGGUCUCUAUGGUUUCCAAAUCUCCCUUCUAGAAACCCUAAUUUUUUCAGCUCUUAUAUCUGCCGUCGAUCCUGUUGCAGUGUUGGCCGUUUUUGAGGAAAUUCACGUAGACAAAGUGCUCUACAUUAUCGUCUUUGGAGAGUCUUUACUUAACGACGCUGUUACUGUGGUUCUCUAUAACAUGUGUGACUCUUACAUCUCUCUUGGGCCAGAGAACAUUGAAGCUAGUGACGUCUUAUCCGGUUUCGCCUCUUUCGUAGUCGUGGCUUUGGGCGGAACAAUGAUAGGCAUCUUUUGGGGUUUCUUGACCGGGUUUGUCACCAAGUAUACUCACCGUGUUCUCGUUAUCGAGCCAAUUUUUAUUUUUAUUAUGAGCUAUGUAGCUUAUGUGAACGCAGAAGCGUUCCAAAUGUCCGGAAUUCUUUCAAUAAUGUUUUGUGGAAUAACCAUGAAGAAUUACGUUGCAGAGAACGUGUCAACUACGUCACUUACCACAGUUAAAUGUGGUUUGAAAGUGCUUAGCAAUGGUUCCGAAUCCAUUAUAUUCAUGUUUUUAGGCAUCAGUACCGUCAAUGAUUAUCACGAAUGGAACACUGCCUUCAUUGGACUUACUAUUUUUUUCUGUUCGCUGUACAGAGCUCUUGGCGUUGUGCUAUUGACAGAAAUCGCCAACUACUUCCGUCUUCAUCAGCUGAAUAGGGUGGAAAAAUUUGUCAUGUCUUACGGCGGGUUGCGUGGGGCAAUCGCUUUCGCUUUAGUCCUUCUCAUCGACCCGAAACGCAUCCCUCACCAACCGCUUUUUGUUACCGCAACAAUAUCUGUUGUAUUUUUCACGGUGUUUGUUCAGGGUAUCACUAUGAAACCGCUCGUAGAAUUUCUUAAAGUAAAACGCGAAGAAAAUCAAGAGAAAACAAUGAACGAACGUCUUCACGAAAAGAUGCUUGAUUAUACUAUGGCCGGAGUCGUCGAUAUUUUGAAUCAAUUGAGUAGUAAUAAAGUUCGCGAUAAAUUCAAACAGUUUGACUACGCCUACAUUCGUCCUUAUUUGAUUCGGGAAAAGAAACACCACGAACCCAAAAUCCUGGAAACAUACUCGAAGUUGACUAUGCAAGAUGCAGUAGAGUUUGCCCGUCGCAAUCCUUCUAGCUGGACCGUACAAGGCACAAAUUCUUUUGCCAGUUUUUUCAGGAACGAUACUACCGCAAACUUUCUGCCUUCAAAUGAAGGUGAAAUCAACCUUGAUUUUGGAGAACUCAAUUUUAAACCAUCCACGAAGGAUCUCUGGGAUGCCGAGACUCAUCAUAUGCUUCCCGACGCCGUUUGCAUGUCCCAUCGAAGCAAAUGUGUCGCCGGGCAUUCAACCUCCUCGAGUCAUAUUUCGAGAAAUAAUUCUAAACGAAAGAGAGUUUCCGGAUCUGAAGCAGUUAAUAUUAAUAAACAUCGAGUGGAGAAACAGACUUCAUGCGAGCAACAGCAACACACACAACAUGAAAUGAGAAAUCGGCGACAAGGAGUUCCGGCAGAUGUUUUAGAUAAUGAAAGAGGACUAUCUUACGUUAAAAGCAAUAUUAAUGAAGUUAAAAAGGAGGAAAAAAUUGAAAUUGAUUACGAAGAGGAAGGAGGAAUUUCGUUCGUUGUUUAUCCACAAACUUAUGAAGAUUCAAAAUCUGUGGAGAUUUCAGCGGUUAUUGAAAUGCCUCUUCCCUGGAAAACAGACCUUGGUUCACCUCAACAAAGACCCAAGGAAUUCUUCCAUGACAUCUAAAAUUUCCUAGCGUAUCCCCAUUUUAUUCCAUAUAUUAGUAAUAUAAAGUGAUAGAACUUUAGGCUACCGUGAAAAUAACGUGUUCUUCAAACCAACCUUAAAUAAAUUUUGCGUUACUUUUUUUCA